UGGAUAGGAUUCCAACUUCCAAGACGAUGGGAGGGUGCUGGGAGCCACCCAGUGGCCGAGGAGGAACUGCGCUUCAGGAGCAAUGGCGAGGGCAGCUAUUUUCACGGCGUGUGGCGCAGCACCUUCUGUAACUUCAACCAUCUUUGGCUUCAGAUUGCAGCUCACUUGUCCCACAUGCUCUUAUCCGAAGCCCGCCAACUUGUCCUCAGUCCCUCAAUUGUGUUCUUCAUUGGAGAGUUCCCCACCCACUUCAACUUCCUUCACUUUGCAUAAGAUCAAGAUUUCUUCCAGAAUGGGAGGACAAAGGUCUAAAGGAACGGUUGCAUUUAGCACUGGACAGAAUGGGGGAGCAAGUAAGGAGAUCCUGGUGCAACAUCUGCUUGUGAGCGAAGACAACGCUAAGCUCCUUUUGGAGAUUCAGAAAAAGAUUGCUGCAGGUGUGGAUUUAAGUGACUUGGCAGUGGAGUACUCAAUUUGCCCAUCGAAAGAAAAUGGUGGAAUGUUGGGCUGGGUGUCAGAGUUUGAUCAGGCUGCCUUCAGUGCACCUCUUAAUAAAGUUGUCAAAUGCAAGACAAAGUUUGGGUGGCACCUGUUGCAAGUAUUGUCUGAGAGGGAGGAAUCACUGCUUGGAGAAAUUACACCAGAAGAGUUGUACAUGAAGAUGCAACAUCCAGAUUUCAUGGAGGAAGCUCAACUUCUAGAUGUUCGAGAGCCUGAAGAAGUUGCUGUAGCGUCUCUUCCAGGAUUUAAAGUUCUUCCUCUCCGCCAGUUUGGAAGUUGGGGGCCUAACAUCUCCAAUGAGUUUGAUCCUGAGAAAGACACCUAUGUUCUGUGCCAUCACGGUAUGAGAUCAUUUCAGGUUGCACAAUGGCUGCAGACUCAGGGAUUCAAGCGAGUAUUCAAUAUUUCAGGAGGCAUACAUGCUUAUGCAGCCAACGCAGAUGCCUCUAUCCCUAUUUAUUAACAUGUUGAGUAAACUCCUUCUGUUUAUGCAUAACAGGACUUCCAAUUUUGACCUUUUCAUAUUUUGGUUGAUGUAGAGAAUGAGAAGGACAAGGUGGCCAAGAUGUUUUCCCUCAUGCGUUACUUUAUUUUAUAGCUUUGCUUCUGAUUGGUUCAGAAAGCACAAGGCAAGUGAUUAGCAAAAUACAUGAAUGGUACCUUUCUAUUAGAACAAAUGUUUCUUCUAUAUUCCCUUUUUCAAGAUCAUGUGAAAUAUAAAAUGUCUGAUCCUCUCCUUGAAAGUUU